AUGCUCCGCAUGGUGAGCAAUGUCAACCUGUGCAAGGUCUGCAAUACGGUCAUUGCCAUGAUUGUUGAGCACAUACUUGCCAAGGGCAAGCUCACUGUUCAGAAGUGCGAGACUAUUGGUGGUGUGAACCUGGCGGAGACUGUAGAAAUCCUCCAGUACCAUUGGGUGAACGACUUUGGCGCCACCACGAUGUUCACCGUCUCUGGCUUCAAUUUCGUGUUCAUCAUGCUGACACUGCCAGAGAUGGUGCAGAUCUACGUGACAAAUGUGACUGUGAAUGACGUCCCGCAGAAGUCGAGAGAGGAGACAAGGAUUGCUGCAGCAUAG